CCUCACAUGGGCUGUGCCAACACCCGAAUCCUUUUAUCUUCACACCUCGUUGGAUGGCCCAGCAAGCGAGUGAAUAUCAAGAACCCGUGGGGCCGCGUGUCUCAAAUGAGCAGGUGGCUGUUGGUUGACAAGGGCAACUCGGCCAUGCAAAACGGCCAUGCAACACGACCAGGUUUAUGAUAUAGGUGUACGAAGUACUUCCUGUGACGGGCCGUAAUGGCGCAACCCAUCGACUGGGCCAAAGCAAUUCUCGAUACCUGUAAGCAGGAGACAACAUGCCCGGGAACCCUCUCUUGGGGAUUCGGGAACGGAGAGCGAAAAUGUCUCAGGGUGAUUGACGGUAACCACACAACCUGGUCCAAGUAAGUCGGCUAUCUGUCUUCAUUUUCCUUUCUUCCCCAGCACGCCGCGCGAGCUCGUCAAACACAUCUUUCAGCUUUUUCGACGGUUCCUCGUCGCAGUAUGUCACUGCAGCCGUGCCGAUCGCCACGUUGCCCAUCAUGAGCUCCCCGCAGAGGAUCAUCACAGAUACUGACAAGGCCCCACUGGUCGAGGUCUUGUCAAUGAUGUUCCUCGUCAUUUCUGUCCUUGCCUGCUUCGUCCGCUCAGGAACGAAGAUUCACAUGGUGAAAGCCCUCAAAAUUGAUGAUAUUCUGGCAGUUGCCGCCGCGGUCUUUUCCAUCGGCCAGUCCAUCGCUGUGUUUAUAGCUUGCGAACAUGGAUUGGGAACGCCUUUUAGUACACUGAGCUCGAGCAAAAAGGAGACUUUCUUCAAGAGCCAGUAUGCCGCCAACGCCAUGUUCAUCGCCUCUCUGCUCUGUUCCAAACUGUCAGGCACCAUGGGGCUUCGCAUGAUGAGUCGGCGCGGUCAAGAGAGGCCCCUCUUGGUGUUCGAGAUCAUCGUCGGUCUCUGGGGACUGAGUGCGUUCGUCGUCAGCUUCUUCCAGUGCCAACUACCGAGGCCAUGGGAUUAUUCUGACAGCACUCGAUGCAUCAACUUCACUUCCUUCUGGACGUACUAUUCCGUCGCAAACAUCGUUACUGAUAUUGCCAUUGUCGCCAUCAUGACCGACAACGCUCGAAGAAUUCAGACCUCGUGGUCCAAGAGAAUUCUGGUCAUUUGUGUCUUUGGCAGCCGCAUUUUCGUUGUGCCCGCCGUCGCCGUUCAAAUCUAUUACUCCAACAAGGCCUUUGCGUCCGACGAUCUCUCCUUCUCCCUGUGGGAAGCCUCCAUUACCAUUCAGCUGGUACAGUGUCUCGCCAUCUUUACCGUUUGCGUUCCCAACCUCAAGCCAUUCCUCGACAGCCUCGAGUCAGGCCAGAUCCGCAUUGAUGAUUUGCGUCGGCAAGGCAAAUCUAGCAGCAACGGCUACCCAACGUAUAGGCCAGGAGCCCAUUCCGGAUACAAGUCGGCACAGCAUAGCGGUCUUGGCUCCAGGUCACGGCCGCAUGAUACGAUCGACGAACCCAUUACCACGAUCUCGCAGCAUAGUCAGCACAGCAAUGUGCAUGAACUGGUUGACAUGAGCAAGUCCACGAAACGGGGAGUCGCCCUGACAACCGAUGGGCAAAAGAAGUCUUGGGACAGUCAAAGUCACCAAAGUCACUCAAGUCAAACAAUCCUGGUGCACCAAACGUGGCAAGUAGACGUUCAGAGCAUGCACGGCAGCAAAGUCCCUCGGGAGGAAAUAUAA